UACCCCACUCGCAUACUUGUCUAGAAAUUUCCGCCCUCGCGGAUACAAAUAAACACCUCACCCUCCUGUCUCACCACAAGGAUCCUCUGCCGGGUCGGUGCACUAGCUUAAAACUCACCACGACCGCGACCUCAACGCUCUCUCGACCGGCUGUUUACCUUCAGGCACACAACAUCUCCCCUUCACUAUGGCUUCCAUACCUUCUGCCAACCACUUUCACGACCCCAGGUCAUCCCGCCCUCACAGUCGUCGUAACUCUACGCGACGGAGCUUUGCGUCCUCUCUCUCUCGGUCGAGCUCCUACCUCGAUUCACCAAGGACACCCUGCCCUAAAGAUGGCGACGCCUUUGCAUACAACCCAUCUCAUCUGGACUACUGGUACUGCCCUCAAUCCACCUGGGAUCGUCUCCCAAGCUCUGUACAGAAGAGCCUCGCUGCUGUCCAGCAUGCUGGCGCGUCAGCCUUGACUGGCUUUGAACGUCUCCGAGAGCACAGUGGGUCCAAUGAUGGCUCCCGCACUGACCAAAGGGCUCUGGAAGACGAGGUCCUGGUGGAUCUCGACGACCUUCGCCCGCAGAAGUUCCGGACUGCCAGCAACGCUAGCAGCGUCUUCUUGUCAGAUAUUUCCUCUCCUACCUAUAGCGGAACACCAGCAUCGGACUCUGGCUCCGCCUCUCCCGUCCCGUCAACAUUCUCGCUGUCUCAGUCCGCCACUACGCCCGCUUCUAUCUCCCUUGGUCCACCAGAGCUUGAGGCAAAGCGCCCCUCAACACGCGAGCGCUCUUUCUCUACCCCUCUAGACCCACAGGACGCAAAGUAUGCCUCAGAAUUGUCGUAUCUCCGCACGGAAGCCGUGCCCCGCCUUCGUCACGCCGGCCACAAGGUCGAUACCGAAUGGUAUGAGGCCAAGCGCACGGGUUUCGUCGCUGCCGAGGAUGUACAGGCCUUCGAGGGCUGGUGGACCGCAACGAAGUGCAGCAUCUUGAAAUUGAGCGAAAAGAGUAAGCGCAUGGCUGAAGCCAAUGGCGUAACCUCCAACGGCAUGGGCUGGACUGCUCCGUAGUCGCUAGUGAGAUUGACACAAUUUCCUACUUCUCUUCCUCUCCACCUAGGGUA